AUGCCACCAGCCAAAAGCCAUCGGGUGCAUUCUACGAGCAAUCUUCGCUCACAUUCACGCUCUUCCUCGUCAACCAAGCUAGCAGGAAAUCUGCAAGUCACCCAGAAGGAUUUUGUACAGCCCAAAGGGCUUGAAAAAACGAAGAAAAUCAGUCAUGAGCAUGCUAGAACGACCUUGCCACUUCCACGUACGAGCAGCGCAGUUCGAGUUGAAGCCAGAGAACGGGAGCACCAAACAGUGCCUCCAUCGAAACGUCAGCCUCCCCCAGCAACGACAACGACGAGCAAAGCCAACGGGUCCAAGUUGAAAGGGGGCUUCACAAUUAGUGCUGAUUCUGAGGACGACGACGACGCAUGGGUGUCCAGUGAAGCUGAUACGUCCACUGAAUCAGUGAACCUGACCCGUGAAUCGGAUCCAGAUAGCGAUACAGAGAACGCUUCUACACCCAAUCAAGCACUCAGACACGUCAUUGCACCAGCUAUAGCAGCUCAGGACCAGGAUCCAGCUGAGCUCGCUGCUCUUCUGUCCAAGCCUAGUUCACCCAAUGUCACAGAAAGCAGGCUAUAUACAAGACCCGGAAAGAGUCCUUCAAAGUCAACCGUUAGGGCAGUCUCAGAACAAGUUCAGGGCCAAAUCGAUAACUCCUCUGACAAUCGUCGACAUAGUUCCGCCAUUGUCCCAAGUGAAUCUGCCAGCGGUGCGACGUCUCCCCGUUCCAAGCACCAUUCCCGGCCCUCCUCUGUUUAUUCUGUUUCUAGCAAACAUCUCCGGCCUCAUCCUUUGAUACGAGGUCAAUCCCAUGGCCCAUCGGGUAUACAGCCCAAGCGAGCACCGUUGGCGCCUUUGACCGUCACAUCCGAUCCUACUUCCCAGCUCUCUACCUCUGUCCCUAAUGACAGUAGCCUGAGCAACCUCACCGAUAGGCAUGUGCCAACGUCUCCAGUGGCUUCAUUGACCGCUCCUCCCUCUCCUAACGCACCUCUCGCGACCCAAUCGCCAUUCCGUAGGUCCUCAGUAUCCUCAGCUCGAAGUGUAUCCACUCUACCCGUCACGACAUCUGUUAAAGAGGCACGAAUAAAACCUGACAGGCAUCGGACACUGUCUACCAUCUCAUCGUCAUCCUCCAUAGCUGCCCUUUCCUCUUUGGUUCAUCUUCCUGUUACCACAUCUCAUCGGAUAUCACUCUUCCCUCCCAUUGAUGAAGAUGUUGGGAAGAUUCAUUCUCUUCUUCCUCCGCCUUAUGCGGAGAACCAUCUUCAAUUUUUGGCCCACCGAUCCCCAUUAAGGGCGUCUUACGAUCGGGUGAUGCGAGCCAAGGCAGCAGCAACAGCAGGACGCUAG